AUGCAGUUCAAGUCCCUCGCCGUCUUCACCCUCUCUGCUGGAGCCCUCGCUGCUCCCGAGAAGAGACAGGCCACUGAUGCCAACCUUGCCUCCAUCUACCAGGUCCUUCAGACUGCUGUUCCUACCUCGAUCGCCCUUGAGUUCCUGACCAACUCUGCUGGUGUCUUCUCGUCCGUCUCGUCUGAACUGGCCGCCAGCUCGACUCCUUCCUGGAUCGCUGCUCUUCCCACCGAUGUUCAGUCAUACCUUGUCGGUGUUGCCCAGACUCCCUCUGUAGCCAGCUCGGCCGUCGCAAACGCCACUUCGGCUGCUGCUUCCGCCGUCACAACCGCCCCAGUUGUCAUCGCAAGCAACGGCACAGCCGUCGCCAACCAGACUGCUCCCGCUGUCAUCGCAAACAACGGCACAGCCUUCAUCAACGGCACUGUCCCUGCCACCAUUGCACAGAAUGGUACUGCCAUCAUCAACGGUACCACUCUUGGUAAUGGAACCGUCAUCGUCAAUGGCACUGCUAUCGCCAACGGCUCGGCCAUUGUGACCGGAUCUACUUCUCGCUCUGCUGGCUCGUCUUCCUCCACCGGCAGUUCUGGCUCUGGUUCUUCGGGAUCCAGCUCUCGUGGCUCUUCUGGCUCGGCUUCUGGCGCUUCUGGCGCCUCUUCCACUCCACUGGAGGCGCAUCUCUCCCUACUGCUCUUG